UCGGCCUCGUCUUAGUGUUGUGUUUUGUGUAUUGGGAGACUUUGGCACGGAAGUCCUGAAAAAAGACAAGGUGACUGCAGGAGGAAGGGUCGCGGUGGGCCGUGGAAUGCGAGGCGGCUUUCACACACACAAACACACACACGGUUAGAUCAGGAGGACAGCACUACUGACACGCUGUCAAGAUGUGUUAAAUUAGCAGGACCCAUCGGCGUGGCAACGGCAAGCUGGGGACAGCAUAUGGCCACAUCGACACGAUGCUCGGACCCCCUCGGCUACCCCAAAACUCAGUCUGAUUCACAUUCUCACCUCCAAAUGCGAAAAAGUCUGCCAAACGACCGAGCGUGAUCGACGUUAGUAAAGGUAAAGGCUGUUUGUGGUGCGGUGUCAGGGCUGCUCAGAGAUCAUCUCUCCGUCUGAGCUGGUGAUGCGCGCACAGGGCUCUGCUGUUUUUCACCUGCGCUGCUUCUGCUGCUGUGUGUGCGGCUGCCGGCUGCAGAAGGGAGAUCACUGUGUGCUCCGAGGAGACGGCCUCUUCUGUGCCACACACUUCCACAACCAACUGGCCAGUCCCACCUCCUCUGACUCAGGUAAAAGUGAGGAUAUUGAGGAGGACAACGAUGAUGAAGACAACUUGAAGACUGCAGGAGAGUCAAACAUAACAGGAGACGUGGAACACAAGAGGCCUAAAAGACCUCGUACCAUCCUGACAACACAACAGAGACGGGCUUUCAAAGCUUCUUUUGAGGUUUCAUCCAAACCCUGCCGAAAGGUGAGGGAGACUCUGGCAGCAGAGACAGGACUGAGCGUACGAGUCGUUCAGGUCUGGUUCCAGAACCAAAGAGCCAAGAUGAAAAAACUGGUGAGAAGACAACAGCAGCAGAAGCAAACUGUGUGCCCACAGGAGAAGAGGGAGAGUCCAUCACAACAACAUACUGCGACCUCUUGUGGAGCUCUGCCUGUUGAGCUGGAAUGUGCAGGUUCAUAUCCACUUCCCCAGCAGAAUCUCAGUCUAGACUCACAGAGCUUGAAGCUGGACCCCUUCAGACAGGGCCUGACCCCUCCUCAGAUGCCCGGAGACCACAUGCAUCCCUAUGGUUGUGAUACACUCUAUGAUGAAACAGACAGUGACCCUCUGUGUCAUUUUGGAGACUGUAUGUCGUCCAGUGAACUUUCCUUUUUAACACCCAUUGACCGAUUGUAUUCAAUGCAAGAUUCGUAUUUCGCCUCUUGAGCAUCAUUCUGACGGCUCAUUAAAGAUUUAUGAAGGAGCGUGUGUGUGUGUGUGUGUGUGUGUGUGUGUGUGUGUGUGUGUGUGUGUGUGUGUGUGUGUGUGGGUGAAUGUAUACGCGUGCUUGUAUAUGUUCUGCUUAUGCAUGUUUUAGUGUAGAAAUGGUUGUGAUUGGCGACAAAGGAAAUGUACCGUGAUAAAUAUUAUUUGUUUAAUUUGUAUUUAUUAUUUUUAUGUGUGUAAUCUUGACUGAAUUACAAUAAAAUGCUCAUGACGUGUU